ACAGAAUUUACGGUGCAGUCACGGUAGGUUGAGCCGACGGAGGUCCAUAGAAAUUUGACAGUUUCCCAGGUGAGACGACCGUCCAGACGCUGUUUCACUUUCAUUACAUUUUCUGUAUUUUUGCCUCCCCGGAACUCCUCUUGCUGUGAGCCUGGGGUUGCCAAAUUCCAAAAGCACCCUCCCGAAACCGUAUCACACCGGCAGCAUGAGCAAAAAGAAAAAGGACUGGAGGACUGAAAAAGAACGACUACUUCAACUCCCUCAGGAAGAGAGACGCAAGGAAUAUCGUAAAGAAACAUGGCUACCUCUGGAUAAAAUCCCUACCUGGAGAGAAGAUGAUAGAUCCACAGAAAAUGAAGAAGAGAAGGAGGUUGCAGGAGGAGGAGGUGAUGGAGGAGAAGGACGAGGAGGAGAAGGACGAGGAGGAGGAGGUCUGAGUGAUAAAGUUUCUCUCUACAAGGGCGAUAUUACUCUCCUGGAAGUGGACGCCAUAGUCAAUGCUGGUAGGCACGCUUCCCCUUUGACCUUUGUUGGUUUGUUGGCAACAAAGGUAUUUGGCGGUUUUUGCUGCCCUCUGCUGGUGGAUUCAGGAAAUGUUGUCUUUAGUGGCGGUGCUGAGUGUGACUCAAAGAUCACAUAAUAGACCAAACUUUCCAUAAAUUUAAGUUAAUAAAAGUUCAGAUUGCAGCUUUUUAAAAUCUAUUCAGGGUCAGUAAGAUGGAAGUUUAAAAAUAAGGAUUGUCUUAUGAACUAUAGAGUUCAGCUGAGAAGAAAAUUUGUAAAAAUCUGCUGAUCUGUUUACAAAAAAAAAAAAAAAAAACAGGACUUGGCUGAUGAGAAACAGAAAUGCUGCUGCCUGCCAACAACCUACACUAACAGAAUUUAUUCUUUAUUUAUUGGCCCUGUUGCUGAUUUGGGAACAUUCUUGCAGUUUAUCCUUUCAUCAACUUAACAUGCAGACACACACGUAAACUCAUAGUCUAUAUUUUACGGAAAACAAUAGCUUAUUGUUUAAACUGAAUGAAUACAUAAUCUAAAAUGCCUUUUGGUAAUGAGUAAAUUCUGAAGUGAUGGAGUCAAAUUGUCAUUCAAAAAAUCUGCGUCAUGUUGAAAACAGAAAAAGAUCGGCUGAAUGCCAUGGCUGCUUUUGCUUUGAUGAACAUGUAGACCUUUACAAACAGGAGUCAUUACUCACUGGUGUUUGAGUGCUGUGGCUGCGCGGCUGCAAGUUUGCUGUUUGGAAAUACGAUGUAAAAGAUGGAUGAAGCAGGGGAGAGCGGUGUUUAUAUCUUUAAUCAUAAAGGAUCUGAAUGUGGAGAUCUGCAGGGUACAGAUCUACCAGGUAGAAUCCGUUUCCACCCGGACCAUUUUAGAUGUGACACACUCUGAGCCGGAUCACUUUAGAAUGUAUUGAUAAAAUAAGGAGGUAAGGAGGGGCAGAAACGUCCUCCACUUCUAAUAACUGCUCAGAGUGAAGGGAUCUCUUCGCCUCGUUACCCAUCCGUCUUCGUCACUGCCGCCCUCUCGGUCCGCCAGGCAACGCCUACUAAUGUUGCAUUUUUAAAAAAUGAUAUGUGGGUGGAAAAGGACUCUGAGGCAGGCUUGACAAUUCCUUUAAACUUGAAGCUAGAGCUAACACCGGAGUGAACAUCGGCACGGCCUACACCAGUAUGAGGGAGCUAAAGACUCACGGACUGAUGGUGACCUGGCUUUGUUGCUAUUGGACUAGUAAGUAAUGAUCAUUUGUCCAACCGUGUGGAUCUGUUUACUUUGUGGGUAAUUUUGGUAUUCGUUGGCUCGUGUUAGCUGUCAGAGCUAGCUACAGCAGGCUGCUGCAGGGUUGUUACGACACGUGUAAGUCCACUUUGAACCAGCAGGGCGAAGGAGGAGAAACUCUACUGCUGUUAUGUAACAUUUCAGAUGCAUUUUAUAAUCCAAGGUUAAAGUUUAUGCAGUGAGAUUAAUGUUGAUGUCGGCAAAAUGUGGGUUGCAGAGGAGUGAAGGAGAAACCUCCGUUAAAGCUUCUGCCUAUAGCUUUAAGAGGCUGUCUGGUUGCUUUAUGUCCCAUAUUAAAAUUUAAUUACUGGGCUCAUUGAGUUUUUAAUUCCUCCUUAAUUCUGUUUUGCUCAUGGUGGCACAGGAGGAGCUCAAGCUGUCACCUGGGCGAGAGCCUGGAGAGGGCAGGACAUGGUGACUGUCAGAGAACAGCAGUGGAGGAUGCUCUUAUUGUGACGGGGUGGUUUGAACUUUAACCUCCUGUUUCCACUAAUGACCCUGUAAAAUGUACUUUAUAGAUCAACCGUUCAGCAGAAUAUUAGUUUUAUGUUCUUAUGAUAAAGGGAUGAUGAUCACAAACUAUCCUGUUCUCUUUAGAGUUAGUCGAUUAUUACAGGAUUGGUUUUUUUACUGUGGAAAUCUUUGCUUUUACAGAGUGCCUUUUCCGACGCAGUGCUGCUUUUAACCACAUGUAGUGUUUGUAAGGUUUUAGUUUCCUUCAGUGAUUGUUACCUGAAGCACAUUUUCCUUUUAAAAACAUCUUUACAGUGGUCUUUGGUUUAAAAAGUCAGAUUGGGGGAAAACGGUAGAAUUGUUGGUUAGUUUAGAUGCUCCUGCAGCCUUUUAACUUGACUGAACUCUGCUGUAUGAACAGCAGGGAUGUGAAUCUUGGAGCAACUCACGAUUUGAUUCGAUUCCGAUUCUCGGGGUGCCGAUUCGAUUCAGAAUCGAUUCUCGAUUUAAACUGAUUCACAACCAGUAUUAAUAGUGUCAGCUCCAGGAUGAACUACUCUGUUGUGCAAGUUAGUUAAAGCUAUGGGACAUUUUUAUUUGACUUUAAACUGGUCGUGCUCCAAAAAUGCAAAUUUACAAUGUAAAUUAAAGUGAUUCUAAAACUGUAAACAGAAACAAUCUUUUGACCAAAAGGCAACAUUUAUUUUUGCUUACCUUGUAAAAUAUAACUAAUCUGCAGUUACCCAACAGUAGCUCUGAAAGUAAUACGGUCAAAUACUUUUCAAGUAUUUGUAGAAACAAGUUACAUGAGUAAUCCUGAGUACUCACUUAUCAACUUAGAAAAUAAAUAUGAGAAUAUCUCAAAUUUCUGAGUAUGAUAAGAGGACACUUGCAUGUCAUUUUUAUCAGCAGAUUCAAACAUAAAUCAUCAGUUUAUGGGAGCACAAAAGUAAACGGAGUACUGACUCUCCUAACAAAGAUCAAAAAAGUGCAUCUCAAACCUGUAACGUGCCAAAUAUUUCAGUUCUUGGAAUCGAAUCUGAACCUUUGUGAAUCGAAUCUGAAUCUUUAUAAAUAAGAAUCCCAAUUCAGACUUGAAUCGAUUUUUUUCAGCACCUCUAAUGAACAGUAUCAUCCUAUUGCUUCAAAGUGUGUUUUUCCUCAGAAAUCCAGAAUUUUUCUCAAAACUUUUAUGUUUAACUUUUGAUGAAAGUUUUAGCAGAUUUAGGCUUUUGUUUUUACGACGUUUCCAUAAGGAGUGGAGGUGUUGAAAUGUGUUGCCUUUAUCUACCGAAAUUUCAAAUCUUUUCUUUUUUUAAUCUCCUUUUGGUAUCUGCUCAAUAAUAAAUCACAUAAUUUAAUUAAAAGAACACACAUUUGUGUUAGUAAAAAAAGCUUGACAUUUCAUGUAUGUGAUGGGUUUAUCGUUUUUCUGUUCUUUUGAUGCAUUUCCAUUUUAAGAACUUCAGGGUGAUCUCGAGGGGGAAACUGAUUGGGAGGUACGACGGUCCGGUUCCCUCACCUCCGUACAAAUUCAGCUCUUUUGGGACUUUGCACAGAAGUCAGCAUAUCAUGACUGGUUCGGCGGUGGGUGAUGUCAUUAAUCAGCGCCAAAAAGCAUCCACAGUAACGUAUGGCUUCUUAAUUGAUUUAGAGGAUGACGAGCAGCUGCGUGAUGUAAAAUAUGGCGUUCAGUGACCAAAAGUACAGUUUUUUACAGUGCUUUGUGAGACAACAAAGAGACAGCAGUGACUCAGGAGGUAGAGCGGGUUUUCCAGUAAUCGGAAGGUUGCAAGUUCGAUCCCAGCUCUGACCAGAGACUGCUGUUGUUGUGUCUUUGGGCAAGACACUUAACCCACCUUGCCUGCUGAUGGUGGUCGGAGGAACCGGUGGCAUCUGUGUUCAGCAGGCCACACCUUUGUCAGGACAGCUGUGGCUACAUUGUAGCUCAUCAUCACCAGCGUGUAGAUGUGUGUGUGGAUGGGUGGAUGACUGGUGGUGUUGUGAAGUGCCUUGGGGGGUUGUAGAACUAAGAAGUGUAUGAAUGCAGGCCGUUUUCAGGCCAAAGCGCCGUGAAUUACAUCGCGGUGGGGGAAUUCUGCUGCGUGUUAGUUUAGUACAGGUGAUGUUAAAGCAGCACGAAUGGUGCUUAUUUGUGUUGCUUCUAUUCUUCUUCACCUGCUACUCUUCUAAUUCUGCUCGUUUUGGACGUCGGAUGAUGUCAUUUCCAAUGAGAUGCAUCCAAUCAGCGUGAGGUAACCAAAGGUUUCACUCAACAACUGAACUGGCUGUGUACGUACCUCUGCAGAGGGCCGUUUGGCCGGCCCGGUGAUGUGGACACAUGUACAUGCCGGGAAGUUCCGGUAAAUUUACCUGAAGUUCUGAUGGAGGAAGCACGCUUUUUUCCUUCUAAAAUGCAGCGGAGAGCUCGGAGUUACUCUGAAGGCCCGAAGUGGACCCGGGCCACACCGUGUCUAAUUCUAUUGUAAUCCAUCCUGUGGGUUAUGAAAAACCAUCGAUUUAUCCUUCAUUCUUCUCCCAAAAGUACGAAUCAUGCUCAGGAUGUUGCUCCUCAUUCAAAUAGAGUUUCAAUGAAAAGAUUUUAUGAUCUUAACAAUUGAAAUGUGAUUUUUAAUAACGUGACAAUUGUAAAUUCAGAAGUGACAAACUAAUCGUGACAUAAAAUCCCGUCACACACCAAACACAAGGUGAUCUGAAUACUAAAAAAGAGCUGGUGAAGAUGAAAGGGUAUGGGACUUCUGUGGUAAUUAUGCACAGUGUUUGACUCGUAUUCCAUCACCUGCUGUAAACCCUUCCCAUCUUUCUGUAUUAGAUCAUUUUUACAGGAGCCAGUUUUAUUUGCACAGAGAAUCUGGUAAUGAAUGCUAUAAAGAACCCGUGGGGUGGAGAUGGGUUCAAGAAAUUCAAUUGGUAUUGAGUCGAGUGGAGCCACUUGGACUGCCGUCAUCAUGGGUUUGAUGAGAGCGCUGACCCUUAAAGAGCAGAAUACCUCGAUCUAGUGGAGAUUGAAUUUUUUUAUGUUUUUCUUUAUAAGCAGUCAAAUCAGACAUUGCUGGCACAAAAACAUUGUUUACUUUCAUGGUCCUUCAUGCAUAAUUUAUGAAGCACAGCUCUGAAUGCUCUGUUCGCUGCCACAAUGAUGCUCUGUAGAGAAAGCAUGGGAACGUUGAACUCCUGAUUCGAUAAUACUUUUGAAAUUUUCAUUUUUGUGCGUGGGAGAUCCAUUUUUGGAGGACUUUUUUUGCCAUAUUACUCAAAAUGCUAGUAACAUACCAAAGGCAACCAAGGAAUUAUGUUAAUUGCCUCUGAAGUGUGCAGUCUUC